AUGGGCCUCCCAUUAUUUGUUGCCCCCGUUGAGUCAGAUCUCCCUUCCAAAGCUGCAGAGAAGAGCAGUGCGACGUCGCCACCCCGCUCCGCCAUUCGUCGCAAUAUACGCACAGAACGAAUUGAACGCCGCGCCGCGCAUCGCCGUAUCUUCUCAAUUCGCGACCGCUUAAAUGAUGCCUCACUACAACAAUCAAGUACUCUGACCGGCCGAGAUGGUCGCUCUGUUCCAUGGGCUGAAGCUGGAUUUCCACCUGAUUUAGAGACUACGAGAGGUCCUGAUGGGCUGCGCCGAGCGAGACCAUUUCGCGAUGUGCUUAGAGAGAUGGCCAGAUCGGAUGAUCGUAGAAGGGGCAUGCUUGAAGAGCGCAUAAACUCUCUGUUUAGGGAUGGCAGCAACACACAAGACCGAAACAACACCAAUUCACAGCCUCCAUACGACGAUUGGGAUCUGGGUUGGAAUGAGGAUCCUCGACCUCGUCCUGCAGUGAUUGUACCGUUGGCUGCGCAUCCCGGACGAGCUUCUGAAGAGAAUAGAGCUCAACCGCAAAGACUUCCUUCUGCUGUAAUGCACCCCGUGCUUACCACAGAUGACUCUGAAGAAAUGAACCAGCGCCGAGCUCACCGCUCCGCAAUGCGUGAAGCUCUCCGUGCGUCAAACAGGGUUACGCGAUUCGCACCUAUGCAGCGUGUCGACGGACUUGGCGACCGUGAUAGGAGCCUUAGUCCAGAGGUCUGGGAUACUCUUCUAUCCACACUUACCCCUGACCCUGAACCACCUAGCGCAGGUUCCUCUUUUGCAUCAAAUGUUGCAUCUCAGAGCGCCGGUGCUACAUCAGGCACCUCUUUCACCACGCCCGACCAAGACACUGACGCACUGGCUGACCAGGCCUGUGAGUCGGGUUGCGAAGGCUCCGAAACUGAAGACAUUGACCAGACUCUAAGCGUCCUGGAUCAAAUUAGAAGACGCCGGGCAGAGAGGCGACGUGUUCACGUAAGACUGCCUGAAGCUGGCCAAGACGCCCCAAUUGAUGGAGGCGCCCUUCGGGAUGAAGGGGCAGUUGGUUCUGAUUCCAGACAACGAAGAUCCCCGGAUGGACUAGUGCCCAGUAAUAAUUCCCAGAGGCUCAGGGCCUUGCGCCGAGAGCGCUCCCUCCGAUCACGUUCUGCUUGGGUGGGACACUUGUCCGUGGGCAAUUCAGACGAUGAGCAAGGACCGGAACGAAACAGACAGAACCGAGAGAGCUCAACAGCAUCAGGCAGCAACGCAAACGUCGAAGAUGACUGGAUGGGAAUGCAGCGCAUCGUGCGUAGCCUAGCACGACGUGAAGAUAUUCCCGAUGAAUGGUGGGCUGAGGCUGGCCUCAGUCGAACCCUGCCAGGGGACGGGGCAGAAUAA